AUGGAUGAAAGCGAGAAAUCAGGAGGCACAGAUCAGUUGCGCCAACUGCUUCUGUGCUUCCAAUGCCAGCGAGUUCCCUUCGACUUGAUCAGUCGAGCCUGCGAGCCAAAAUCGUCAUGGUCUGCCAUUGGAGAGCUCGAACAGAUACAGCCCCACGAAGGGGGAGUACCGCUAUGGUUGCUUGACCUUCGGGAAGCACAUCGAUGGCCUUUCGGUCAUGGCGAUGAUGCUGCUGCCCCGGGCCUUGAUGGCCUGCGCCUUAUCAACGACUGCGGUAUCCGGUAUUUCGAGAUCCAAGCUUCACCAACCGACGGUCUUGAAGCAGACGAUGACGAGCAGAGCCAAGAAUAUGCAUCGCAAUGCAUCCACAUUUUCAACCACGCAUUCCCCUGCCGGAACACCGAAGUGCUCGGUGAAGAAGUUGCUGCUCGUUUGAUGCCCCUAGCAAAAUCAUUUCUGUUACCUUUGCUCGCAUCCGUAUCUGAACGGGAAAUCCGCCAUUGGCUCCUGCCGAGUGAGAGAAAAAUCCUAUUCGCAAUUACUCUCUUUGACUGCUUGCUGCAGUUAUUCGCCUUUUUAGGGCCUUAUAGUCCUUUGCACCCGACAAGCUUCCCUCGGAAACUUCUCAACGCCAUCAAGACACCGACCGCCCAAGGUCAUGGAGCCGAACCUUGUCUCAAAGUUUUCCUUGAAAUGAUAGAGACUAUUUCGAUUUCCUCACUAGAAUGCUUUGAAAGAUCUGCCCUAAUCGGCACUUGUGGUGGUCUUGAUGAAAGGUCCAACGCGUGGGCCGGCCUCGCACUCGGGGUACUUAUAUCCAGCCAGAGGACGAAGAGACUACAGCCACAGGCCCUUUCAGAUGCAAUUGUGAAGGCCGCUACAUCCUGGAAUCCAAAGUCAACAACAAGUCCAUCCCCCAUAGAGUACCUCGUUGCCAUCGAGCUACUCCCAUAUGCUCGGCUCCGAAUCAUUUCACUUCCAGAGCCCCUCACAGUGAGUAUGGAGCUCAACCUUCUCCGGGGGUUGCUUCUUUCUAGAAUGCAAUACCACGAUGAAGCUGCGACAGUCUUGCACGGUACUUUCCCAGCCGCAAUUUCUCACUGGGGCUUGACAUCUUUCCAAGUUGGGAUUAUCGCUGCCGAGAGCGCCAACUGCUACAAUAUUCUACGAAAGGAGGAUGUUGCCAACACAAUAGCGACCCGAUGCCUUGCUACAAGGAACACACGCGAGCUCGCCAGUCGGCAAGAUUGGUUCUAUUUGAGUCUCUAUCUCGCAGAUUCCCUCAUCGGAAGCGGAAGAUACGCAGAGGCUGAAUCGGCUCUGGAACACCUCAUUAGCCAGCCUCCGAUCACUCCUACGAUCCAUAUGAUGGGUUGUUUGCGUCUCUCCAAGAUUCGCCGAAGAGUCCCAGUGGAGAAUGGAACAGCCGAGUCCCAUCACUCUUUACAUGAAGCACUUGGCCUAUUUAGCCAAGUCCCCAACGCUCUUCGAGAAGAGUAUUUGGAGGAAACGGCCUGCACUCUCGAGGCGACAAUGGCCACAACACAGGGGAGUCUUGAGGCACAAGAAGCACUGAUGAAUGGUGUCAACGACCUUUUAGACCAGACAAGUCCAGCAGAAAGCCCGGCCCAGAAACGAUAUGCCCAAGCACAACUUGACUUCAAGCACAGCACCCUUCGACAAGAGAACGACACCAUUGUUCCAGGACACGGGUUCUGUCGGGCCAGGCCAGCUAGUACCGAGGCUACUAGUCAGACGCGCUCAGGCUCUUCGUCCAUUACUGAUGACAUGACAACACCUACCACGACUCCAAACGUCUUCUCCGUCCCGUAUGAGAGGGAUAAGAAUUACAUCGUGGUGCAAGAGCUCGAAAGUCUCUUACAAGUUGCUUCACCUAGGGGCGGGAUAGGUGUUUCCUCUAUAUAUGGGGAUGUUGGGGUUGGCAAGACCGCUUUGGCUACCGAAGCAGUCUACCGAACUCGGUUCAUGUUCAGAGCAGUUAUCUGGAUCAGGGACGCUCCAUUGGAUGAAAUCUUCAAUUACCUUUCUAGCGUUGCUACACAACUUGGAUUGAGGAACGCCGAGCAAAUGUACAAAUGGUUCGCAACGCCCGGAGAGUUCGGCUUCCCAGGACGGUGGUUGAUGGUAUUCGACGGUAUCGAAAGUGAAGAGGUCGUUCGUCAGCUUUGGCCAACCGGAGGCCAAACUGGCGCUGUGCUUUCCGUCUCCCGGAGGAAGCCUUCAUACCUCAAUGACUUAGCCAGCGACACGCCUCGAUACACCAAGCUGGGGCCAUUGAAUCCAACAAACGCAAUGAUACUGGCAUGGGGUUUCUUGAACCACUCUGCCAAAGCGACAUUCGCGGUAAAUCUAUUCAAGCCAGACGCAUCCACUCCACGGUACCUGCUCAAGCGCGAGUAUUCGUUGGCAGAAUUGCUUGAGGGUCACCCCGCCGCCAUUGAACAAGCGGCUUCACUUAUCUUAGGGCGCGACAUGGGCAUAGGGGACUUCAUUGCUGGAUAUAAGAAGGCACAAGCUUCUAUCUCAAAUCUGCUAAUGGGUAUAUUUCCACACCCAAACCAUGACAUUCAUCUUAUCACAAUCUGGCUGCUGAAUCCUGGGGAUGGUGGGCCCUUGAUGAACGUUCUCUCUCUUCUUGACGCCUCAGCGGUCCCUGAAAGUUUUCUAUGGCCCAAUGCAUCCUUCACCAGGCCGGAUGGAUAUCCUCAAAGCAUCUCGGAGUUCGAAGAGGUGAGAAACGAGCUACUUGGAUCGUCCCUGAUCUGCAGGGAAAGAACACAGCAAAGCCUCUGGACUCAUCCAGCUGUGCAAAACCUCUUCAGGGAGCGUAUGGAUCGGCUGAGCUUUGAUCGAGCAUACUAUAGGGCCCUCCUCUUGCUUGUCCACGCGUGGCCGUGCGAGUAUGAGAAUCAACUCUUCAUUAACGACAUCUUGCCUCACGCCGAGUGUUCCAGGCUAUGGCCCCACGUUAGCAUUCUCAUUCGGGGGCCGUAUUGGCCUUCUCCAUACGCUCUUUCGGCUCAUGAGGCUACCCAGAUACUGAAGUGUCUAAAUCUCGUCGAAGACAUUCUCGAGGUUCAAGCCACCGAACUCCGAUACCCUAGAUUACCCCGCGAAACGGCCAGACAGAUGUGUCUACUCAGUUAUUACAAAGGAGUGCUCAUGUACAGGGCGAACAGACAUGACCAAGCCGGGCUUUACUUCCGGCGCUCCUUCGCCCAAGUAAUCAAUUAUCUUGGGCCCGGGUCAGAAGACUACUGGUCCCUUCAAGCCGCGGCCCACCACGGAGUCGGAGAUGUCAAACGGAGAACAGGUGACUUUCCGGGGUCCAUAGACUCCUACGACAUGAGCAUCAAGGCCCUCGAGCACCUAAAAGAAAGCCCAGAGCAGGAACUGUCAAUUGUGAGGGUUCAUUUGGGGUUAUCUCUGCUCAUGAAUGGGCAACCUGAAGUCGCAGAGAGUGUGCUUGAACAAACCCGUCUGACGACAUCCGCGGCAAGCAUAGCAAACGAGAUUCCGAGUAUUUUCGGAAACGGCGCUCUGUUUCAUGGGCUUGCCAUUGCCAAGUUAGCCCAGGGCAAGGCAGAGGAAAGCCUCCAAUUUGCAUUUGAAUGCCUAGAGCAGAUACCAUCCUUGUAUACCUCGGAUCAAAAACUCCUCGCCUGGUUGACCUUGCCCAACAACAUUUGGAUCUGGCAGGUGCCAUUCGCCUUGUCUUAA